AUGAAGUCUGCAUUUCAUCUCUGUUUGUUGUUUCUUGGACUUCAAGCCCAGGGUCAACAUAAAUCCAGUCUCAAUGAACAGCAGGAACAAAAAAUACCCCAUUUCCCAGAAGACCAUUCCCAGGCUGAAGGUGAAAACUUGGCUCAUGUCAAGAUAGCACCCAGCAAUGCUGACUUUGCGUUUAAGUUUUACAAGCAGGUCAGAGACGAGGUGGGCAACAAGAACAUUUUCUUCUCUCCUUUGAGCAUCUCCACUGCCUUUGCAAUGCUUUCGCUGGGAGCCAGAUCAAACACACUUCAUCAGUUGCACAAAGGCCUCGCCUUCAACCUGACAGAGAUGGAGGAGCAUGAGAUCCAUGAGGGAUUUCAACGUGUCUUGCAGCUGCUGAAUGACCCCCACCGAGAAAUCCAGUUGAACAUGGGCAAUAUCCUGUUCAUAGAUGACCAGCUGAAACUGGUCCAAAAAUUUUUGGAUGACGUCACAAAUUUUUAUUAUUCUGAAGCUAUUUCUAGUAAAUUACAGAAUUCUGAAGAGGCUGUAAAGGAAAUCAAUAAGUACAUAGAAACAAAAACCCAUGGAAAAAUUGUUGAUUUUCUUAAGAGUCUUGAUCAUGAAUCUGUGAUGGUUCUGGUUAACUAUAUUUUCUUUAAAGGCUACUGGGAAAAACCUUUCAACAAUUUAGCUACCAGAGACGAUGACUUCUUGUUGGAUACCAAGAAUUCUGUUAAGGUCAAAAUGAUGCAUCAAAACAAAGCCUUUAAUAUCCAUAGGGAUGAGAAGUUGUCUUGCUGGGUAGUAGAAAUCCCAUACAAAGGAAACGCUACUUCAUUGUUUGUUCUGCCUGAUGAAGGGACAAUGAAGCAGGUGGAGGACUCUCUGCUAAAAGAAACAGUGUCUAACUGGAUGCAAUCACUUGAAAAAAGAAAAAUCUACUUGGAUCUUCCAAAAUUCUCCAUCUCUGGUUCCUAUGAUGUUAAGAACCUGUUUAAGAAAAUGGGUGUGACAGAUGUGUUCAGUGUCCAGGCUGAUCUCUCCAAAGUGGCAGAAAAUACUCAUCUGAAGGUUUCCAAAGCAAUGCACAAAGCCAUGGUGGAUGUUAGUGAGAAUGGCACAGAGGCUGCUGCAGUGACCGUAAUAGAAGUGGUACCAAUGUCUGCACUGUUUCCUCCUCCUCCUCAUAUCAAAUUCAACAGACCUUUCCUGAUGCUGAUUUUUGACAAAAUCAGCCACAGCAUCCUCUUCAUGGGAAAAGUUGUCAACCCAGCUGUCAAGGAAAACUAA